UUAUCUAUGAAGACAGUGAGAGAGUGACUCAAUUUAAAAGUGUCAUUUCCUGUGAAGGAAUCGCAGCCCAUUUCAGGACCAUGGAGAGAGGGAGGGAGAGAGAGAGAGAGAGAGAGAGAGAGACGCGUACUUGAACGGGAGUGCAUGUGCGCGCGCGAGUCGGGACACCGGUAGCCGCGAGCAUGGAGAUCCGCCCGGACCGCUUUAAGGCUGUGGCAGGAAAAACCCUGGGAAAGAUACACAGGAUUCUCGAGAGGCGUCAAGAGAAUGGCGAGACUAUCGAGUUGUCAGCGGAGGGAAGGCCGGAGAUGGUGGAAGAGAAGGAGCUGCCCGUCGUGGACUGCACAUGCUUCGGGUUGCCACGCCGCUACAUUAUCGCCAUUCUCUCUGGUCUCGGUUUUUGCAUCUCCUUCGGCAUCCGCUGCAAUCUUGGCGUGGCUAUCGUCAGCAUGGUCAAUGACCACACCGUUUAUUACGGAAAGAAACCCGUCAUAAUGGCUGCUCAGUUCACAUGGGACCCAGAGACAGUGGGGAUGAUCCACGGUUCAUUUUUCUGGGGUUACAUCGUGACGCAGAUCCCCGGAGGAUUCAUCUGUCAGAAAUUCGCUGCCAACAGAGUGUUUGGCUUUGCGAUCGUGGCCACGUCCACUCUGAACAUGCUGAUUCCGGCUGCAGCGCGGAUCCACUAUGGAUGUGUCAUCAUGGUCAGGAUAUGCCAGGGUCUUGUGGAGGGUGUGUCAUAUCCUGCAUGCCACGGGAUCUGGGCCAAAUGGGCUCCGCCUCUCGAGAGAAGCCGAUUGGCCACGACAGCAUUCUGUGGGUCGUACGCAGGGGCCGUGGUGGCGAUGCCCUUGGCUGGUGUGUUAGUACAAUAUACUGGAUGGUCGUCUGUUUUUUAUGUGUAUGGUAGUGUCGGGAUACUGUGGUAUCUCUUCUGGAUCUUGGUGUCAUAUGAGAGUCCAGCUGCUCAUCCUACAAUCACUCCAGAGGAGAGGAAAUACAUCGAGGAAGCUAUUGGAGAGACAGCAGGGCUGGUCAACCCCCUUCAGAAAUUCAAAACACCUUGGCGUUAUUUCUUCACCUCCAUGCCAGUAUAUGCCAUCAUCGUGGCCAACUUUUGCAGAAGCUGGACCUUCUACCUGCUCCUCAUCAGCCAGCCCGCAUACUUCGAGGAGGUUUUUGGUUUCGAGAUCAGCAAGGUGGGGUUGGUAUCUGCGCUCCCUCACCUGGUGAUGACCAUCAUAGUGCCGCUGGGGGGGCAGCUGGCUGACUACCUGAGAUCGCACAACAUAAUGAGCACCACUAAUGUCCGCAAGCUUAUGAACUGCGGAGGAUUUGGAAUGGAGGCCACGCUGCUGUUGGUGGUGGGAUUCUCUCACUCUAAGGGAGUGGCCAUAUCAUUCCUUGUACUGGCUGUAGGCUUCAGUGGGUUUGCUAUCUCAGGCUUUAAUGUGAAUCAUUUGGAUAUAGCACCACGUUAUGCCAGCAUCCUGAUGGGUAUUUCUAAUGGAGUGGGCACCUUAUCGGGCAUGGUGUGCCCUCUUAUAGUGGGAGCCAUGACCAAACAUAAGACACGUGAAGAAUGGCAGUAUGUCUUCCUCAUUGCAGCAUUAGUGCAUUAUGGGGGUGUACUCUUUUAUGGGAUAUUUGCGUCAGGAGAGAAGCAGCCUUGGGCCGAUGCUGAGAACACCAGUGAGGAGAAAUGCGGCAUCCUGGACGAAGACGAGCUGGCCAAUGAGACCGAAGAGCUUUACAGAACGGGUGGACAGUAUGGUGCCAUUAACCAGCCAAACACCGCUGGGCCUAACGGGAGUGGAGGUGGGGGCGGAGCUGGAUGGGUCUCAGACUGGGACAAAACAGAAGAAUAUGUCCAACCAGUCGGGAGAAAUAGUUAUCUUUAUGGAGGAGAGGAUGAGAGGGAGCUCACAUAGUAGGAGUGGUCUACAUUUCCAGUCCUGGAGAGUUGGAAUAUAUCACAAUUUCCCUAUAAUAGACACAGAAUGAUGUAUAGUUGGACCCUCAUCACUAAACCCCAUGUAGAACAAAGCUCUUUCUUAGAUGGACAGGGACACCAAACCAGAAUCAGAAUUUCGGGUCUCCACAGGUUAAUACACUAGUCUUCUCCAGGACAGUUUUAGUUCUCCAGGUUACCCUUGGGCCUUCUUUCUACAAUCUUAGUAAGAGGGUUUCUAGAUAUUUCUUAAUUCUUAUUUCUACAUAGAACCUUUACUAGUCCCCUAAAGGUACAAAUCAAGGAACCCAUUUUUGUUUAUACACACAAUGGAAUAAGUAUGUAUAUGAUUUACUGGCCUUUUGGUUAAUGUUAGUUAGCUGGCUAACUUUAGAUAAGUAACCAGCCGACUAAAGUGUUGGUGAGGUAGCUAACAAUAAAUGUAGGUGAAAGUUUGUUAGUGAAAUUAAAUUGUGUGAAUUCAGAAUGCAAUUAUAUUCCAAAUUCACU